UUAAUACAAACACAACCGCUUAAAUGUUUUAGUGUAACAAAAGGUUAUUGUAUGUAGUAUCGCGCGAUCAUUAAGAUCCAUUAAUAUAUCUCUUAAAAGCGCAUCAUGUCAAUGUUGAAGAAAAUAAAUAUUUUACUAUCAAAGUUUAUACAUGUAACAGAUCAUAUGUAGCACGGUAUUAUCUGAAGAUGGAUUAAUUAUUAAACAAGGAAUUGCUGCAGGGGUUUAGUUGAUGUGCCACAUUAGAUAAGGCAGAAUGUUUCAAGCACCUCACAACAGGGAACAGUUAUCACUGAUGUUAUCCGAUGUUUUAGAUGACCUCGGUGUCAAUGAACGAAUUGUGAAGAAAAGGAGAAAGUUAAUGGAGAUGGAAGAGAGUAUGAGUUCUAUUGCAUGGGUGUCAACUGGUAGAAAUGGGACUUUUUACAUUUUAGGGAGUCAAACUGAAGGUACAACUACUAUGGGACUUAAUUCAGACAUAGAUUAUGUAGCUUGUUACAAUUAUGUUAAUGUUAUACAAGACUUGUCAGAGUGGGAACUUGGCAAGGAAAACUACCUCAUGAUACAGGAUGAGAACACCACCCCUGGAUAUUGUUUCAUACAACUGUUGUCAUCUGAUCCUUUUCCUGCCACUGAAAUUCCUGAUGAUCACCAAAAAUCUGAAAGAAGAGGAAUAUUGUGUAAAAACACAAUUAAAAAUUCCUUGAUGCAUUUUGGAACGAAGCAGCAUGGACCAGCCGUUACUAAACAAGGACAUCACAAUGUUCGUGAUGUAGAUACUGUGUUUGCUUAUCCCUGUAAAUCAUGGCCUCAAUCAGCAUCAGCUUGGUUAGAGCGACAAGGUACAGGAUGGCCAACAAAUGAGAUGAGAAAAUGUGCAGCCAAAACAAGGUGUUUCGUUGUUCCAGUUGAAAGUAAAAUCAGUGUUUAUCCUGAACUGGAAUGGAGAAUAUCGACAUCCCUGGCAGAAAAAUAUCUUAUGUUCAAUUUCAAUAUAACACAAAUUAGGUGCUACGUUGUACUGAAAAUGAUUCUUAAAUCAUUCCUAAAUCCUAAGGGGGAAAUAAAUAUAUCAAGUUUUAUGAUUAAAACAGUUUUAUUCCAUUGUAUAGAAAAUACAGAACCAAGUAUAUGGGUAGAUAACAAUUUAUGGACAUGUAUAAUAUGCUGCCUACAGGAAUUACAUAGUUGUGUACAGAAUGAACAUUGUUCCCAUUUUAUAAUUUCUGAAAACAACUUGAUGGCAGGACAAUUUACUUCUGAGACAAACCAUGAACUUUCAGGAAAUAUAAGUGACUUUAUUCAGAAUGAUAGACAUUUCUUGCUUCGGAUUGAUACUGAUGAUCUAGGAUAUAGACUUAAAAUUAAACUGAACAUGGGACAAGAGAAAGUGUACAGUUCUCUUACUUCUCUUGGACUUCCUGCUUUAUUAUACAUUAACUUUGCAUUCGCAAUAAGCAGAAAUCUCUAUAUUUUUUUUCGACGAUUACAUCAUACAAACAUUGAAAAUAUGCUGCAAGUGGUAAACGAAUUAGUUUCCCUAAUGACCAACAUUGAUACUGGUGAGAGACAUAAUAUUUUACACACUGAAGUCAAUUUUCUGGCACCUUUUAUCUUCACCACAUAUGGAUCUGCACUAGCAUCAUCUAGUUUUGGCAAAAAAACUGAAAUAUUGCCUGAAGCAUUGGAUUGGCUCAGAGAUGGUUUGAGCUCAGAUGUUUCAUCUGGAAGGCUGAAACUGGCAUCAGUGUUCUACAGUAAAGGAGAGAUGGAGAAAGCUGACGAGAUUCUGAGACAAACUGAACAAGAAUAUCACUCUCAUUAUGUUGUACCUAUUUGUAGCUGCGUGUCAGGGUCUCCAGAAACAGUAUCUGAAGACAUUGCAAGGGUAUGUAAUGAACACAAUGAAGACUGUAUCCAAAAUAUUACAGCAUUUUGUGUCCAGUUCAUACAGCAAGAGAUCAACUGCGUUCCUCAUGAACUACAAUAUGAAAUGUUCAGAUCUACACAAGAUGACAUGAUACACAGAGAUCCAGAAUAUGACGUAUGGAUGGACUGGGCUACAGUUGAUUCCCUACCUUUUCUGUACUUGCUACAAUAUAAGAUAUAUAGUCACCUACAAAGACAACAAGAAAAACAACAAGCACUCAAUAAUCUUAUAAGAACCACAUUUACAGAGAAAACCCUGAAACAUAGAGAAACAGCUCUUAAUAUUUUAGGGCAAUGUAUGGAACAAGAGAAUAGACCAAAUGAUGCUUUCUAUUGCUACAUAUAUUCUCUGAAAGAAAGAACAAGAAACAACGCUGCAAAAAUUCAUAUAUGCCGGCUUCUCUGCAAGUGUUACAUGGUUUUAAGAUUCUACUUUAUAAUUCGUAAAGUAAAUAUAAAAAGAAAGUAGAACAACACGUCAAUACCCGGGCAUAUGGUUUAGACACUAUUUAUUGAUAGCUUUCAGUCAAACAAUAACCAUCAUCAGGAUAAUAAAAUUUCAGUAUAAAAAUUCAACCGUAAGAUACACAAAAAGUGGAACCUGAAUGUUUUUAGAAUGGACAUUCGCCAAGGAAUAUCGGAACUUUGCCAAAAAAUAAGAAAUAUAUAAAGCAAUUAAAGUUGUUAAGUGUCGCGAGGAACGCGAAAUUAUAUGAAAUUCUUUCCCAAAAUUAUUAUUUUUCUCCGGUGACGUCAUAAUUUUGUUUUUAUUAAAUGUAAUGCUCCGGCAUAACCUUAACAUUAUUAUACAUAUGUUCUCCGGCGGAGUUCUUUGUUAUUAUCCGGCGGAGUAUUUUGUUAUAAAUCAGGUUUGUUGAUUUUCUCGUGAUAUUUGUUUUGGCGGGAAUUAUUCAUUGCUAUAUAAGUAAAAUUUCAGUGUCACGAGACAAAACUUCUCAGGAUUUCAAGUUAUUAUGGAUGAUAAUUAUUUAGGUUCAAAAUUCAUAUAUAUUGUGUUCUUUUGGCUUUAAAAUUAUACAGUGUUAGCAAAAUAAAAAUU